AGAACUGUAUUGUUUGAUUUCUGUUAUUUGUGGACAAAAGUAACUUCGUGAUAUGAGGAAAGUUCCUCUGUGCCAGCUCAGCUGGAAUGAGGAUCAUUUACUCAGAACAGCUCAAUCAGCGACUUUAUGGGUAUAUUCAGCAGAAAGGCAACACUUAUUGCGAGGUGGAAAAAGCAGGAGAAAGCAUGCAACUUUUCUCCCUGGCUAUGAAAUGCACAUUGCAUAUCCGAACAGUGAAUGCUCUCUCACCCCUAGUCGGGAGUAUCAUACAGCAAGAUCUGAAUCGCUUUGCUGAGUAUGCAGCAAAGAAGCAAGCGGCGAUGCUGUCAGGCCGCACUUGACACAAUCAGGAUGAAAAAUAUGUGGUCUUUGAUGUCAGCAUAAGCUGAGUGCUAGCACACUCUUCGGUUUCUUCUUGUGUGUGUGAACUUUGCUUGAAUACAUCGUUUGAUCCAUGUAACACACUUGCUGGUUUGCGAAAACCUUUGAUAUAACCUGUUCAAACUUUGCGUGGGGCCUUUCACUGAACAAAAGAUGUGAUUUAUUGAGUGCCUCAGUUGGGUGGAUAGGGGGAAGGGAGGGAGGGAGUAGACAAGCCAAGCAGGCAGAGAGUCAGACAUGCAGGCAGAAACAAACAGAGAGAAGACAGACAGACAGACAGACAGACAGACAGACAGACAGACAGACAGACAGACAGACAGACUCACUGACUGACUGACUGAUCUACCGAUUGAUCGGCCAACUCACGAACCCACCGACCGAGCGACCGACCAACCAGCCGCCCAACCCCCGCCUGAUGUACCCAGUGACUCACCCACCCAGCAACCCACCCAGCAACCCACCCACUAGCCGACCAACAACUGACCCACUGAAUGACUGACGAACAUACCAGCUGCCUGACCAACAGAUCGACAGACGGAUGGGCACACAAGCAGGUGCGCAGGCAGGUGGGUAGACCCCCCAUACACCCAGCCAUACACCGCCCAACGGUCUGCGUGACAAAACCACUGACUGAUCCACUGACCAACCCAGCGACCAACCCACUGACCGACCAACCCACUGGCUGACUGCCCGACUGACCGAGCAACUGACCCACUGAGCGACAGACAGAUGGGCACACGGGCAGGGGAGCAGGCAAGACCAGACUGAUAUGCAGCAGGCAGGCAGACAGACAGACAUGCAGACCGAAAGACAGGCACACACACAGAUAGAUAAGCAGGCAACAGGCAGGCAGGAAAACACACACAGACAGAUAAGCAGGUACGGAGGCAAGCAGUUCAGCCGCAUGGAUAGGAAAAACAUGAAAGUGCAUGGGAAACUUUGCAUAGCUACAUUUGCCUUGCAUAGCAUCGUAGGCUAGGCUACUAAAGCAGCCCAGGGCCACUUGCCCGGCCAGGCCACCGGGUCCAGUGCCGCCUAGACCCAUAUGAUCUUAUUUUUUUAUUUUCAAUUUGGUAAGGAAUUCCGGACCGACCCUCAGGUAAAAUCAUUUGAUUUAUAUCCAGCAUAACCAGGGUUGUAUAGCUGCCGACUGCC